AUGUCCUCCUCAGAAUCCUCCUCGCCUUACCCGUUCGCCACCGCCCCCGACAUCAUCCGCGCCCACCAGAAGGAUGCCUACUUCACCGGUCAUCUCACCCAGAUAAUCAGCGACCUGCAUCGUCGCCUUCGCGGCGCCCGACUGACCCACGCCCGCGCCCCAGAGCUACAGACCGCGGCCGCCCUCACAUACUUUGCCCUCACCACCAUCCCCGGCAACCGCACUCUCGGAGAGGAAUAUUGCGACCUCGUGCAGAUUGAUGCGCGCGACGGAAAACUCCCGGGCAUCGACCGCCGCGCAGGCUACGUCGUGGCCAGCAUCCUCCUCCCGUAUGUGGCCGCCCGCAUACUACCCAGCCUGCGCGCCCGGUUGCGCCGCCUUCUGCAGCGCCGUCUAGAAGCCCUCCGAAAACGAGACGACAAGUCAGCAACCGGGCGAGAGGCGCGCCUGUGGGCUUACAUCGACACACACCUUAGUUCCUUCACAACAGGCGCCCCCUUCCAGGCCGUCAUCCUCGCCCUCUUCUACUUCAGCGGCACCUAUUACCAGCUCUCCAAGAGACUCCUAUCCCUGCGCUACGUCUUCACACGCACCGUCCCCGACACGCCCGACCGCGCUGGUUACGAGCUUCUGGGCGUCCUACUCGUUGUCCAGCUCACCGUCCAGACCUACAUGCACAUCCGCUCCACCCUCUCCGACUCGGCCGUCGCUGCGCGUGAGCGCGCCGCGUUCCCAGAUGAGAUUUCGCUCAAUCACGACGGCGCUUACAAUGGUGACAACAACCUGCUGCUCUCCCAGGGCGCACAAAGCCCCAAGUCCAAGGUCGACAUUGCCGCUGCUACUCACACGCCCCUGGCAACAGUGCCGCGGAUUCAGUUGACAAGCGACAAGGCCAUGGGCUACAUAAAGGGUGGGCAGCAGAGAAAAUGCACAUUAUGCCUGGAAGAGAUGAGGGAUCCCUCAGCGACACAGUGUGGCCAUGUCUUUUGCUGGGAGUGCAUAGGGGAUUGGGUGAGGGAGAAGCCUGAGUGCCCGUUGUGUCGUCGCGAAGCCCUGGCACAGCACAUACUACCAUUGCGCGUAAUGUAG